AAUACAGUUGAGAUUAGGAAUUGUUAAAGACUUAAGCAUGAUGAAUAUUAUCCGUUUAACCCUUGCUUACUGCCUGAUUUUCAUAGCUUCCGGCUUUGAUUACUGUAUCAUUAAUCCUAAUCAUACAAUGUGUAUAUAUGAAGGAACCAAUUUAAAGAACUGUGUUGAAACCUCGGCAAAUAAAUUUUUUCAACUGAAUGAGGUUGGAAGAAAAAAUAUUUUGGAGAAGAUGAAUAGCUUAAGACAAGCAGUUGCUAAGGGACCUGUGUUCACCAAAAGCCGUUGGAUGCCUAGAGCCAUAAAUAUGAAGAAACUUGUUUGGAAUCAAGAAUUGGAGAAUAUUGCACAGCGCUAUGCAAACCAAUGUGAACCCUAUGGAUAUGAAUAUGACACUCACAUGUUCAUGGAGGCGUCCACAUCAGUUGUAUCAGCUGUUUUCUUCGGAGAACCAGAUCCAGAGUGCUUAGAUGAAAAUGCGGCUAAUAAUAACAUGAACUUGAUACAAAAGAAAUAUGAUCAUAACAUUCAGAUGAUUGAAAAAAUUUUCCGAAAAUUUGAUCCUAUCGCGAAUGUGUCCCCCGCUGUUGUACAAAUGUUGUGGGCUGAGACUGCUGAGGUUGGCUGUGGGUUAUCUUAUUAUAAAAAUGUAAGUUUUCUUUUUAUACAGGGUGUUCCGCUGAACAUGAUAAUUGAUAGGGGAUUAAAACAUGUUUUUAAUCAUAGAUGACAAAUUGUUAUCAAAAGAAAGUUGCACGACUCAUAAAGAAAUUAGAAAGAAGACAGAC